AUGGCCCCCCCAGCCUUCCCGUAUGGGGGAUCGCCUCCCCAGACGCCCACAAAGCCUACGAACCUCCACAUUCAGACUUCCAACCACAACCUCCACCCACAGUCAUCCACCCAGUCUCUACUCACACCCCUACACCAACAGUCUUCCACCCUUCUCUUUACCCACAACCCUGCACUCACACCCUCCACCUACAGUCAUCCACCCGCUCUCCUACUCACGUCGCGCCCCUCCACUACAUCAUCCACCUGCUCUCUACACUCACGCCCCUCCACCUACAGUCAUCCACCCGCUCUCUACACUCACACCCCUCCACCUACAGUCAUCCACCCGCUCUCUACACUCACACCCCUCCACCUACAGUCAUCCACCCGCUCUCUACACUCACGCCCCUCCACCUACAGUCAUCCACCCGCUCUCUACACUCACGCCCCUCCACCUACAGUCAUCCACCCGCUCUCUACACUCACGCCCCUCCACCCACAGUCUUCCACCCUUCUCUCUACCCACAACCCUACACUCACAUCCCUCCACCUACAGUCAUCCACCCGCUCUCUACACUCACGCCCCUCCACCUACAGUCAUCCACCUGCUCUCUACACUCACGCCCCUCCACCUACAGUCAUCCACCUGCUCUCUACACUCACGCCCCUCCACCCACAGUCUUCCACCCUUCUCUCUACCCACAACCCUACUCAUCCCUCCACCUACAGUCAUCCACCCGCUCUCUACACUCACGCCCCUCCACCUACAGUCAUCCACCUGCUCUCUACACUCACGCCCCUCCACCUACAGUCAUCCACCCGCUCUCUACACUCACGCCCCCUCCACCUACAGUCAUCCACAUGCUCUCUACACUCACGCCCCUCCACCUUACAGUCAUCCACCCGCUCUCUACACUCACGCCCCUCCACCUACAGUCAUCCACCCGCUCUCUACACUCACGCCCCUCCACCUACAGUCAUCCACCCGCUCUCUACACUCACGCCCCUCCACCUACAGUCAUCCACCUGCUCUCUACACUCACGCCCCUCCACCUACAGUCAUCUACCCGCUCUCUACUCACGCCCACCCCUCCACCUACAGUCAUCCACCCGCUCUCUACACUCACGCCCCUCCACCUACAGUCAUCCACCUGCUCUCUACACUCACGCCCCUCCACCUACAGUCAUCCACCCGCUCUCUACACUCACGCCCCUCCACCUACAGUCAUCCACCUGCUCUACUACACUCACGCCCCUCCACCUACAGUCAUCCACCCCGCUCUCACACUCACGCCCCUCCACCUACAGUCAUCCACGACUCUCUACACUCACGCCCCUCCACCUACAGUCAUCCACCCGCGUCUCUACACUCACGCCCCUCCACCUAUACAGUCAUACCAACCCGCCUCUCCCCUCCACCUACUGUCAUCCACCCGCUCUCUACACUCACGCCCCUCCACCUACAGUCAUCCACCCGCUCUCUACACUCACGCCCCUCCACCUACAGUCAUCCACCCGCUCUCCCCUCCACCUACAGUCAUCCACCCGCUCUCUACACUCCACGCCCCUCCACUACAGUCAUCCACCUGCCGCUCUCUACACUCACGCCCCUCCACCUACAGUCAUCCACCUGCCGCUCUCUACACUCACGCCCCUCCACCUACAGUCAUCCACCUGCCGCUCUCUACACUCACGCCUCCACCUACAGUCAUCCACCUGCCGCUCUCUACACUCACGCCCCUCCCCACCUACAGUCAUCCACCGCCGCUCUCUACACUCACGCCCCUCCACCUACAGUCAUCCACCUGCUGCUCUUUACACUCACGCCCCUCCACCUACAGUCAUCCACCUGCCGCUCUCUACACUCACGCCCCUCCACCUACAGUCAUCCACCUGCCGCUCUCUACACUCACGCCCCUCCACCUACAGUCAUCCACCUGCCGCUCUACACUCACGCCCCUCCACCUACAGUCAUCCACCUGCCGCUCUCUACACUCACGCCCCUCCACCUACAGUCAUCCACCUGCCGCUCUCUACACUCACGCCCCUCCACCUACAGUCAUCCACCUGCCGCUCAUCUACACUCACGCCCCUCCACCUACAGUCAUCCACCUGCCGCUCUCUACACUCACGCCCCUCACCUACAGGCAUCCACCUGCCGCUCUCUACACUCACGCCCCUCCUACAGCAUCCACCUGCCGCUCUCUACACUCACGCCCCUCCACCUACAGGCAUCCACCUGCCGCUCUCUACACUCACGCCCUCCACCUACAGGCAUCCACCUGCCGCUCUCUACACUCACGCCCCUCCACCUACAGUCAUCCACUGCCGCUCUCUACACUCACGCCCCUCCACCUACAGUCAUCCACCUGCCGCUCUACACUCACGCCCCUCCACCUACAGUCAUCCUCCUGCCGCUCUCUACACUCACGCCCCUCCACCUACAGUCAUCCUCCUGCCGCUCUCUACACUCACGCCCCUCCACCUACAGUCAUCCUCCUGCCGCUCUCUACACUCACGCCCCCAUCACCUACAGUCAUCCUCCUGCCCGCUCUCUACACUCACGCCCCUCCACCUACAGUCAUCCGCCCGCUCUCUACACUCGCCCCCUCCACCUACAGUCAUCCGCCCGCUCUCUACUCACGCCCCUCCACCUACAGUCUCCGCCCGCUCUCUACACUCACGCCCCUCCACCUACAGUCAUCCACCCGCUCUCUACACUCACGCCCCUCCACCUACAGUCAUCCCCCCGCUCUCUACACUCACGCCCCUCCACCUACAGUCAUCCACCUGCUCUCUACACUCACGCCCCUACAUACACUCACGCCCCUCCACCUACAGUCAUCCACAUGCUCUCCACACUCACGCCCCUCCACCUACAGUCAUCCACCCCGCUCUCUACACUCACGCCCCUCCACCUACAGUCAUCCACCUGCUCUCUACACUCAGCUCCUCCACCUACAGUCAUCCACCGCUCUCACACUCACGCCCCUCCACCUACAGUCAUCCACCCGCUCUCUACACUCACGCCCCUCCACCUACAGUCCAUCCACCCAGUCCUCUACCCACAACCCUCCACGCCCCCCCACAGUCUCUACAUGGUCUCUGUCCCACAACCUACUCUCCCCACUACACUCACAACCCUACACUUACAACCCUACACUACAACCCUACACUCACAACCCUCCACUUACACCCUACACUUACAACCCUACACUUACAACCCCUACACUUACAACCCUACACUCACAACCCUACACUUACAACCCUACACUCACAACCCUACACUUACAAACCAUGUACUAACAGUCAUCCACCUGUUCUCCACCCACAGUCCUCCACCCGCAGUUAUCCUCAUAACUCUCCACCCUUAGUCGUCCACCUGGCCUCUACCUACGACCUUACACUUACAGGCUUCUAUCUCAAAAACUAA